GAAGCAGAGAAAAGCAAAAUGAUUGAAGCCUUGGCCAGCACAGAAGAUGUUAGAAAGCUGAUCUGGUUGAUGCAGAACAGCCUUGAAGGAGAACUCAUCAGGGCACAGGAGCUUUCACAUAUCAUAGCAACUGUUAGCCAGACUUUGCCUGGAUAUUUGCUGGCCUGGGACUUUGUCAAAGAGAACUGGGAAAAGCUUACACGAAAGUUUCACCUAGGCUCAUAUACCAUCCAGAAUAUCAUUAGUUGGUCAACUUCUCAGUUUGCAACAAAGGCACAUCUACUUGAGGUAAAGUCAUUUUUUGAGUCAAAAUCGGAGGAGAGUUCUCAACUGCGUUGCGUAAAAGAGGCAAUUGACACUAUUCAGCUCAAUAUCCAGUGGAUGGAGAGGAACUUAGCAAAGCUACAAGAACUGCUGUAGUGUGCAUAAUGCUGUGGUAUGUCAGCCAGUUAGGUGGUCUGUGGGCGGUUGCUGUGUGUCUUUUGCAAAAGCCAGGGUGAAACCAGGUGUCCCUGCAACAUUGUUUGCACUAUUAAGGAGUCUAGAUAGCUCAGGGCAUGUCUCAGAUAAAUGUUUAUUUUCCUUGGAGCAUUUAUGAGCAAGAUGUAAGUAUUUAUUCUAAAACUGUUUUUAUCUAUAGACCAAACAUCUGUACAAAUGAUUAAAUAUAAUUUUGUAUUUGAAACAUACACCCUUUCCUUG